CGGCUCUGCCUGUGCCCAAGGCGAGGACAACCAAAUGGUCGUCGUUCAACUUGUCCAAUGGCUCAUGUCAACUGGUAGACUGUUUUAUAGUGGAGUAGGAGUGGCGUUACUUGUGUUACUACUUGUCUACGUACUGUUUCAAAAAACAAAGAAUGCUGAAACUCCAAGUGAGAAAGACGAAACAAACACUGAUGUGGACAUGUGUGAGGAAGAAGUAGACAAUGAUGUAAUGGAUGUGGAGCAUAUCCCAUUUGUUCAUAACCGUAUUAGUGAAGCCGAAAUGAAAGCAAAGUCGAAAGAUUUUUUCACUCUAAUGAACAAGCGCCGUUCUGUUCGAUUCUUCAGUGAAGAGAAUGUCCAACCCGAGAUUAUAGAGGAACUUAUACGAACAGCAGGAACAUCACCAAGUGGAGCACACAAGCAGCCUUGGACUUUUGUAGUUGUAAAAGAUAAAACCUACAAAAUGAAGAUCAGAGAAAUUGUUGAAAAAGAAGAAGAAAUAAACUAUUCAAGAAGAAUGGGCACACAAUGGGUAGAAGACCUGAGGCCUAUCAAGACCACAUGGGCGAAACCAUACCUGGAAACGGCUCCUUAUUUAAUAUUAGUUUUUAAGCAAACAUAUGGUAUUGGUCCAAAUGGAGAACGUCUUGUGCACUACUACCAUGAAAUCAGUUGCAGCAUUGCUUGUGGUUUUCUGUUGGCAGCCAUUCACUAUUCUGGCUUAGUGACUGUAACGCAUACACCACUUAAUGCAGGCCAGGCUCUCAAAGAACUACUGGGUCGUCCUGUUAAUGAGAAGCUACUGCUGUUACUGCCAGUCGGUUAUCCUGCCAAAGAUGCUACUGUUCCCGACUUUCAGAGGAAGCCACUGGAACAAAUCAUGAUUUGGAAAUAAUUAUUGCUUAAUUAACAUUUGAGGUGUGCAUGUGCUACAAUAGUUGGUAAUACACGGUUUUGAUAUCACCAGGCUGCUUCUCUGUUUUCUAGGACACUUUGCAUUAGUGUUUGAUGUUGCUUAGCUAGUUGUAUAUUCUUUUCUUCCUGCAUUUGCAUGAUUCAGCUGGUAACAUGCAAGUAUUAGGUGGCGCUAUUACUGAGUUGUGACUAACUGACACAUUGCAUCAGUGAGUGAACCUAGAUCUAGCGCGUGCGAAACAGGUACAGCUACAUAUAGAGCUAUAGCACACUCAUUUUAUGCAAUUCCCAUUGCGACCUAUAUAAGCGACGUCUAUUGAAUCAGUUUCGUUGGUUGUUUGUCGACU